GUGUGUGUGUGUGGCGGAAGGCGGCGGGGCCGACCGGGGAUGUGGAGAGCGGGCAUGGCCGCCGGGGAGGGUUUGGGCCCGGCGCUGCGGGCCGUCACCGAGCAGGUGCAGCAGGCGGCAGCGCGGAGGCCGCAGGGUCUCCCGGCCGUGCAGCCACGGCUGGUGGCUGUCAGCAAGACGAAGCCAGCAGAGAUGGUGAUCGACGCCUACAGCCAUGGGCAGCGCAGCUUCGGGGAGAACUACGUUCAAGAGUUGCUAGAAAAAGCAUCAGACUCCAGAAUUCUGUCCUCUUGUCCAGAGAUUAAGUGGCAUUUUAUUGGCCAUCUGCAGAAAAAUAACGUCAACAAGUUGAUCGCUGUCCCUAACCUGUUCAUGUUGGAAACAGUGGAUUCUGUGAAACUGGCAGACAGAGUCAACAGCUCAUGGCAGAAAAAAGGGUCGUCUCAGAAGCUGAAGGUCAUGGUGCAAGUUAACACGAGUGGAGAAGACAGUAAGCAUGGCCUUCCUCCUGGAGACACCACAGCCGCUGUGGAGCAUGUCAUCAACAAGUGUCCAAGCCUGGAAUUUGUGGGGCUGAUGACAAUCGGCAGCAUUGGGCAUGACCUUAGUAAGGGCCCAAAUCCUGACUUCCAGAUGCUGCUAUCUUUGCGGCAGGAAGUGUGUGAAAAGCUCAAUCUCCCCGUUGAGAAGGUGGAGCUGAGCAUGGGCAUGUCCACAGACUUCCAGCACGCAAUAGAGGUUGGAUCCACAAAUGUCAGGAUUGGAAGCACUAUUUUUGGAGAGCGAGAUUAUUCCAACAAAGCAGUCGAUGGCAAGGCCCCUGCUGAAACUAAAGGCAAAAUGGAGACCUUGACGGCGCAAGGUCAUUAGAUGGGAAAAAAAGUGGCCUCAACAGAGGACAGAUGAUGGGAGACCUCACUAUGCAUUCUUACCUCCCUCCACGUCGGUACCCGAUCAUGAUGGUGAGAGGGAAUUCCCUGUAACAGAACAGAGGCCAGAUAUGCCUCAUAAUUUAUUGUGAUUAUAGAGUACCCAUAGAAACUGGAAAUUUUAAUAACCAACAAAUUAUAAGAAAAUUUAUGGUUGAAAGUGACUGUGGUAUCUUGGCUCCUUCAGGGUCAUUAAGAACAGUGACUUUUGGAUAACUAGGUUGAACAAACUAAAUACUUUUCAGGAUGGAGUUGCUAAUGAGCAAGAUGUAUCUGCAGCAGUGUCGGUGACUGUGUUUUCACUGAGGACUAAAUUCUUCAUUAAACAAGUUAUAAUCUUGCCAGAGACCUAUAAAUGCUUCCCCAAAUAAAAGUUUUGCACGUGGUCACUACUGAGGGAUGCUUACAUAGAAACUGUGAUAGAGACAUACUGUGACGCUGGAGAGACUAUAUCCAUUUAAACAGAGGACAAAUAGCAAGCACACAAGGAUGGAUAAGGAACACAGUUGCCAACAUGAAUUCAUGGCGUAAUGUUUUGGAUGCAGAUCGUAAGUGUGGGAGUGUCUUUUCAGCUGAAUUUUGUAUUUGUUCUUUUCAGGCUGACACUGCUAACUUUUCCCAUUGGUUCCGUGUCUGCUCAGAUCUUCUGGGAUGCUUUCAACCUUCCCCUCUUGUGAAGUGUUGUUGGGAGUUAUUUUCAUCCUGCGUAGUAGUUUUUGACACUGCAAGUUGUUUUUGGUCAGAAUGGGGCUUUUCAGCAAGGUCCUCGGUCUGUCAGCUUGCUGUUGCUUUCCAAGGCAAGCCACUUAACCAUUUGGUGCUUCCACCAUCCCAUCUGCAUCUGUAUGAGGAUAAUAGUACUUGCUUGUCUCACAGGGCAGCAGUGAGGUUUGCUAGAGGCCCUUCAGGAAAAGUACUUCAGAAAGUUAAGGUGUUAUCGUUCCAUGUGUUCUAGGUUCCUGAAAAAAAGUCCUGUUGCCACUGACAAAGCUUCUAGGCUAUGUCUUAAUAUCUUAAGCGCUGGUCUAGCUGUCGCUUCUCCUGAAAGAGGGAAACGAGACUCUCUCACUGCAGUAACUGUUUCAUUCAGAUGUGAGCAGAAGCUCCUGCAUUGUCACGUGCUAUUUGGCCAACGGUAGCUAUGGCAAGUCUCUCUUGUAACCUGUGUUACAACUACAUUUUUGGGCUUUUGUGUGCUGCUAAGAGGAGGAGACACCGGUUGCCAGCAGAAACAUCCUUCCCAGGCUUUUCUCUGUGUGCGUGUGGUUAAAUCUAGCUGUUGGUUUUAUUCUCUGACUAUUAAUGCUGAAUGUAAAAGAAAAGAGUCAACUCUUAACACCAACCUGUCAUAGCUACACGGUUUAGAAGCAACAUGCAGUCUGAGCUGCCCUCCUCGGCACUGCACCAUGUGUUGUUUCAUAGUCUAUUAAUAAAAAGUGGUGAAUUUUAAUACCAUCUGUGCCAACUAUAAAGCUAUUAAAGAUGUUAUUUUUAUGUUCCAGCGUUGUGAAUAAACGCCCUGAGUUGUCGUUGAA